AUGAGGCCUAAUCAGAAUGUUCAGUCACUACAGGUUGCAAGACUUAACACCUGGAUAUCUUCAUUAGAUGAGCAACCACGAAAACACGGUGGCUCGGAUACCGCAGGAGGCGAGACUUAUGAUCCGGAGCUCGUCGAUGAAUCUGUACAUAUUUUUUUUUUUUAUGUGUUGACUCUUGAGACAUUAUUUAGUAUGAUGACGUUGAAACAACCACACGGCAACAGCAACAACAACGAUAACGACAACGACGACAUCAACAACAUCAGCGUGGUCGGGUCGUACACGCUGCGGCAGCGUCGGAGGAGGUGCGCGACCAACGGUUGGCUGACGAUGGUGUUCUUGGCGUACUCGUACCUGCUGACCGUCCGGGUGCAUUUCACGUACUCGAUGAUGGUGAUGAUGAACGUACCGCUGGCGGCGGGUCCAGCCGACCUACCGCCGUGCCCGGGCGCCGUGCUGGACGUGGGCCGGAACUCCACGACCGUGGUGGCCAGGCGGCUGGACUGGACGAUCCGGGAACAGGCUGCCACGAUGGGCGCGUACUUUUUCGGCACACUGGUGUCCACUCUCCCGGGCGGCAUAUACUCGAGCUACGGUUACGAGCGCUCCAUAAUGAUGUGGUGCGUGGCCAUCACAGCCGCCACGUUGGCACUGGUACCGGUCGCGUUCGUCCAGUACGAGAGUUGGGUGGCCGUUACGUUUCUCAGGUUCCUGCAAGGGUGUGCGUUCGGGCCGACCGGCUCUUGCGGCGGGACGUUGGCCGGUAAAAUCAUACCGAUAACGAACAGGAUCCUGUACACGACGUUCAUGUUCUCCGGCACAGUGUUCGGCGGCUCCAUGGGGAACUUGUACAGUGGAAUAGUCAUACCUAACGUAUCGCACGACGGCAGCUACUUGGCGCUAUCCGUCAUCGGAUUCGUCUGGGUCGCCGUGUGGGCGACCAUGAUGCAUCUGACACCGUACGACACCGACUUAAACGGCAUCCCAAUGUCCGUGUCGUUCAUAUCCACAUCGUGGACCACGAUCAUCCUAUCCAUGCCAUUCAUCAGUCUGCUGAACGCAUCAUUCGGACUCGGAUUUUUAUACAGCUUCAUCACUACCUGGUUACCGAUUUAUACUGCCAAUGUCCUAGGUGGCGAUGCUAUAAGAAACGGCGUACCAGUCUCUGUGACAUGGAUAGUCGGUUGGAUAACGUCUAUAAUCGCAGGAAUCUCAGCCGGGUCGUUGACAAACGUUGACACGUUUACGAGGACAACGGUCAGGAAGAUGUACGUCGGAAUUGUGUUAAUCGGAUCACCGAUAAUGCUCUUUGGCGCCAUGGUCGCUGGAUGUAACGGUGCGUAUGUCAGAACAUUUACGAGAACGUCUGUGAUAUUAUUGGGCUUUGAACGAAGCAGUAUUCGAAUAAAUUCCAUGGACUUAUGUCCUGGUUAUGUGGGAAGUCUAAUAGCAAUGUGUGAUGUUUUUUACUCUAUGGGAAAUAUAAUUGAUGUAGUGGUGGUUAGAAGUUUAUUUGCAGACACCAUGAACUGGAGCGUGACAUUCCAUGUGACUAUUAUUGUAUCAAUUUCGUGUAGCAUACUAUUUCUAUUUUUCGGAUCCUCACUACAACAAUGCUGGGAUCAAAGAUACAUACGUCCGUAA